AUGGGCGAAACUUUUGAUUUCAUAGUUGUCGGAGGAGGAACAUCUGGCUGCGUCGUUGCCAGCCGCCUUGCAAAUGCCCCCUCUGCCCCAAAGGUUCUUCUCAUCGAAGGCGGCAGUGCAAAUGAUAGCCCCACACUCCGCACUCCUGAGAACCGCUGGUCGAUAGUCUACACAGAACCAUCCAUCAAUUGGGGCUACAAAACCACCCCUCAGUCACAUCUUAACGGGCGAGAACUGGGUUGUCCUCGUGGUAGAGGCCUUGGGGGCUCGAGUGCAGUCAACUUCUCCUCUUGGAUUAUAGGGUAUCAGGAAGACUUCAAUGAAUGGGCUGGUUUGGUGGACGAUCCGUGCUGGAAGUGGGAGGGUAGAAACGGGGUCAAGCAGAGGUUCAGAAAGAUUGAGAGAGUCCGUGAUGGCAUCGAUGACGAGCAAUCGAAGAUGGUCAACCGCGAACUGUUAAACCUGCACUCGAAGGACGGCAUGGUAGAUCUGUCUUACAGUCAGAUCUGGGGGGGUCAGGAGCUUUUAGCUUUCAAGAUUGCAAAGGAGCUUGAGAUCGACAUCAAUGGCGAUCCCAAUUCUGGAAACCCAAGCGGGAUGGGAAUUGCGCCCUCAACCUUCUUCAAUGGAGCCCGAGUAACGGCUUUCACGGCAUAUCUCUCGUCUCCUCCACCGAAUCUCACAAUUCUUACAAACAACGUUGUCGCCAAAGUCCUCUUCGAUGAUACCAAGCGCGCAGUUGGUGUUUCGACUCUCUCCGGGCAAGUUUACUAUGCAUCGAAGGAGAUCAUACUAUCUGCUGGGGCUUUGGAUUCGCCAAAGAUUCUUCUCCUCUCUGGAAUUGGUCCAGCCGAUGAGCUUAGCAACCUUUCGAUCCCUGUUAUCCAAGACCUUCCUGGCGUUGGGAAUAAUCUAAUAGAUCACUCUCUGCUGUUUAUAUCAUUCCUCCUAAAACCGAAGGCCUUUCAAACAGGAACGCAAUCCACUGUGUCUAAGGAUGUCGGAGAUCCUCUUUUGGAUACCGGGAGCCAGGCAUCAAUGGCCUGGCUCCAAUCAUCCGCCGUGCUAUUCUCUCCAGAGUUUUACUCUCUCCCCGAAUCAGUCAAAACCCACAUUUCAAAGACCUGCACGCACGAACUCAUAUGCACCAAUCUCGCUGUAGGAAGCUUACCACCUCUGCGCCCAGACGCAGAAAUAUUAACACUCGUUGCCGCCAUCAUGAACUGCCAAUCUGUUGGCUCCGUUACACUAUCUUCCUCCGACCCCUCAACGCUACAAGUAAUUGACGGAGCUUACCUCUCCCAUCCAUAUGACCGCCGCGUUGCGACCGAGGCCGUUCGCGGAUGCUUGGAGCUUUCCCGCGCCCCGGCCGCCCAAGGUCUUAUCGAAGAGGCAAUUAUUGCUCCGAAGAGUGAUAGUGAGGAAGAUAUUCGGGAAUUUUGCAAGGAGCAGGGGAGUUGUGGAUUACAUUUUGCCGGAACGUGCAAAAUGGGAAAGGAGAGAGAUGGGAUGUGUGUUGUGAACAACCGAUUUCUGGUCAGAGGCACUAAGGGGCUGAGGGUUGUCGAUCUCUCAGUUGCACCACUUAUGAUGAAUAAUCAUACACAGAGUACUUGCUAUUUGAUUGGAGAAACAGCUGCCGAGAAGAUUAUCAAUGAGUACGGGUUAUAG